CCUCAGAGACCAACAGACGCUCUCAGAGACCCGCAGCCUCCCGCACCUCUCCGUUAUUGUUCCUGACACAGACCGUGGAAGUGGAUUCGCAGACAUGGGAAAAGAUGCGAGACCAAACUGGGACAACCCCAUGCAGUUCGUGCUGGCGUGCGUGUCGUACGCGGUGGGUCUGGGCAACGUGUGGAGGUUCCCCUACCUCUGUCAGAUGCACGGCGGAGGAGGGUUCCUGAUCCCGUACCUCAUCAUGCUGGUCCUGGAGGGGAUCCCAUUAUUCUACCUGGAGCUCGCCAUUGGUCAGAAGAUGAGUCUGGGCAGCAUCGGGGCAUGGACCGCCAUCAGCCCGUAUUUAGGAGGCGUGGGUCUUGCUAGCGUGGUGACCUCUCUGUAUCUGUGCCUCUACUACAACAUCAUCAACGCCUGGAGCUUCUGGUACCUCUUCCAUUCGUUCCAGUCGGUGUUGCCCUGGGCCGAGUGUCCCGUCAACGCUAAUCUGACGGGACCCUUAGAGGAGUGUGACCGGGCCACACCCACUGAGUACUUCUUCUACAGAGAAACUCUGGAUAUUGCUGGUUCUAUUGAGGAGAAUGGUGGCGUCCACAUGGGCCAGAUGCUCUGCUUCCUGCUGGCCUGGUUCGUCACCUACCUAUUCAUCGUCAGAGGAGUCAAGUCCACCGGAAAGGUGGUGUACUUCACCGCCACGUUUCCUUACGUGGUCCUCUUAGUCUACCUGGUCAGAGGCGUCACUCUUCAUGGAGCCAUCAAUGGUGUCACGUACAUGUUCACACCAAAAAUGGAUCAGCUGGCCAACCCAACCACUUGGAUCAAUGCAGCCACUCAGAUCUUCUUCUCUCUGGGUCUGGGAUUCGGCUCCCUCAUAGCCUUCGCCAGCUACAACCAUUACAACAACAACUUUGAGCGUCAGGCCAUCGUGGUCUCCCUUAUCAACAGUGGGACAUCCGUCUUUGCCAGCAUCGUCACAUUCUCCAUCUACGGCUUCAAGGCCACCGUCAACUAUGAGAACUGUCUGGAAAGCACUCGUGUUCUCCUGCUGAAUGCCUUCAGUCUAGCUGAGGACACCAUCAGCAUAGACAACGUCCUCGAGUGGAUCCAGAAGCUGAACUCAACGUACCCACAGCAGUUUGCUGAACUUGGACUGGAAGCUGUGCCCUGUGACCUGAACAAGGAGCUGGACACGGCGGUGGAAGGGACCGGUCUGGCCUUCAUCGUGUACAGUGAGGCCAUUAAAAACAUGCCUCUGUCUCAGCUCUGGUCCGUUCUGUAUUUCAUCAUGCUCCUGCUGCUUGGGUUGGGCAGCAUGUUGGGCAACGUCACUGCCAUCAUCACCCCGCUACGGGACUUCAAGAUCAUCUCCGGCAUAAGCAACGAGAUGUUCAACGGUUUGGUGUGUCUGUUCUGUCUCCUACUGGGCAUCGGUUUCACCACGCCAUCAGGAAACUACUGGUUCACCAUGUUCAACGACUACGGAGCGACCUUCUCUCUGCUCUUCAUCGUCCUCUUCGAGGUCAUCACCGUCAGCUACAUCUACGGCCUGAAAAGGUUUGAAAAGGACAUCGAGGACAUGCUGGGCCAUCGUCCCAACUGGUACUGGAAGAUCAUGUGGGGCGGAAUCAGUCCCAUCCUUCUCAUUGCCCUCUUCAUCUUCUACAUCGCCAACUACAUCAUGGGAGGGACGCCCACUUAUAUGGCAUGGAACAAAGACACGGGUAAGUCGGUGGAGACAGAGUACCCGGUGUUCGGUCAGCUCUUCAUCGGGCUGCUGCUGGUGUCAUCGGUCAGCUGCGUUCCUCUCACCGCUCUCUACGUCUUCUGCAGGAAGAGGAAACAGGGGAACCGUCCGGAGAGACAGCGUACGAUCAGCACGUUGUCUGCUUAAAGACACAAAGCGUCACAGACUCCUCUGUGUCCUCCUGAAAGUCUCCAUCAGGGAUCAGACGGAGGGCACGCCAUCAGAGGUCACCUUCAUGUUUUAUAAAAUACUACAGUGAACGUGUUCUUAGGCAUCCUGUCGGUCAGUGUUAGACGUCUGAGCCACAUUAAACACUCCAUUUAACACUCCUCAUGUCUGAUCAGCUUAAAGGGAAACUCCAGCAGCUCCUCAGAUAACUGGUACAUGUUUAUCUGGAGGCUGCAGCAGGGAAACAGACUGUAAUGUCUGCAGCAUAAGUCUGCACCAGUUCAGCCUAGUAGGUAUCAGUGUUAGCACCAGAACCAUACUGGUGCCAGACUUCAGGAUCCAAACAGCUCCUGGAGAAUGUUGCAGACUUUACAGCAUGUUUCACCUCUGCAAGACAAACUAAUCUGAGUAAAUUAAAACAUGUAAAAACUGGGUUCAGAUCAGCUAGGCUGGAUUUCCCUUUAACUGCAAACCUAUUUAGCAUAAAUGUAGUUUAUCUAAUUCCCAAACAUCUCCAUAAAUGAUAGCUGUUUUCAUGUGACACUAGUUUAUCAGUGUUCAUAUUAUGAUGAAUGUAUGUAGAUAUGUAGUUUACUCAGUGAGUAAUGACUUGUAGACUGUUAGAAAUCCUUUUAUAUUUUAUACACAGCCAAAAGUCUUUUCUAUUCGGCCUUAAAUGCGGAUGUGUCCAAAUGAACGAGGUGAGCUUAUUCAGGGUCAAAUUCUGUUUAUUCAUAGGAAAGAAAAUCUCACAGCGGGAUUAAACUUCAGCAGGAUUAUCAAACAUUAAUGCACUAAAGCCACCAGCAAAUCUGUCCUGUAGUUAACCUUUUACCACAUUUACACGAUGAUUAUUUCAGCUGAAAACAGGAUCUUUUGUAGGGAUUUGCCCGCCAGUCUACACGAUAGCGGCAUGCCUGACAAUGCAAACUUUUAAAAACAGCAGAGUUUUUAUCCUAAAGUAAACCAACAGUACGCAGAUCCUGAAGAACUUACCUUUUUGUGCACGCGUUCAUUGUGGUUCUACUCCAUGUGGCAGUAGACGGACUUCAACAACAAUGGCGUCCUCCUGAGUUUGUGCUGCUCAUGCCCAGACAGCCUUCCUCCUUUAAACAGAACUUCAGGGGUAAUGGUGAAUUCUGCAACAACUCUGAAAUCUGUGAAAUGGAAAGUUUGAAAAAAAAUCUGAGUCUAAAAAUCAGUUGAGUCUAAAAAUCAGUUGUGAUCUUACCUGAGUUUUGCAACAAUAAUGACUCCAUAUUGUUUAAAAAUUAAAGGUCACAUAUUUUUCUUAUAAAUGUAUAUCUUUAAAGCUGUGCCGUGUUUAUUGCGGCAUUUUCAGGUGUUUUUGUGGAUCUGUGUGACUGUGGUUGUCAUCACAAACUUUGACAAAAAUGAGAAUGAGCCCGUUUUCAGAGUAUUGUUUGAGUGUAAAAAUGUUCUUUAAUUUCUGAAAAUGUCAUUAUUUUUUUGUGAAUCAGAAACAGACAUCAUUAAUACAAUAAAACAGACACUCGGCUUCAUCAAUUUAA